CCCUUUAGUCGACUCUCAACACCGAGAACGGACACUGGCCACCGCAUCUCGUCGGCAAACCAGGCGUAGCAGAGAAGUCCGCAAGGACAGACAUCGACCAAGAUGGGGGCCUCCAUGUCCAUUACGAGCCUCUUCGGCAAGCUCUUCGGGUCCAAGGAAGUGCGCAUUCUGAUGCUGGGUCUCGAUGCCGCGGGCAAGACAACCAUCCUUUACAAGCUGAAGCUCAACCAGACCAUGACGACUAUCCCCACAGUCGGUUUCAACGUCGAGACCUUCACAUACAAGAAUAUCAAAUUCAACAUGUGGGACGUGGGUGGUCAGGACAAAAUUCGCCCGUUGUGGAGGCAUUACUACAGCGGCACACAGGGACUUGUGUUCGUCGUUGAUUCAUCAGACCACGCGCGGAUCAAGGAGGCAAGGACAGAACUGCACCGCAUUCUCAAUGACCUAGAAAUGUCGGAUUGCCUGCUGCUGGUAUUUGCCAACAAGCAGGACCUCGCGGGCGCCAUGGACAUCAAGACAAUCACCGAAAAACUCGAGCUCUCCAAGCUGGAGAAAAGGCCUUGGUUCGUACAGCCGGCCAUUGCUAUCCAGGGCGAGGGCUUGACCGAGGGCUUCGGCUGGCUCUCGGACAACAUCAAGAACAUGGCCAAGAAAUAAAGAGCUAGAUAAGACGGCUCGAAGAAGACGAUGCGGAUAGCGAGAAGGAACACGAUCCGAAGCCCUCCUUCCUCUUGCAUUCCCAUUCCCUCGCCGAUGCUCCAGAUAACCGACUGAGGAUGAUGAGGUCGCCGUCGAAACCGUCAACCACCAAGGUUCUCACGUCAGGCCCCGACAAGGCCAGAAAGGUCGGCUCGCAAACCUGGGCU